CCUUUGCUCAUCCUAGUAUGCCAAUCAUAGCAUUUGGCAUUAUUCUUAUUGUUUUUUUUUAUCGGAUCCCCGAUGUUGGCUUUGUCCUCGAGUCCCUUGAACUCGGCUGUGUCUGGCGCUGCGACAACUCUUGGUGACGGUACGAAUACGACUGUUGAGCAGUGGUCCAUCUAUCUACUAUCUGGACUACACUUUCUGCUAGCCCCGGAUCCCCGUGCAACUAAGAUCGAUCUAAAUAGGGGCAUUCGGUUUCAGAAUAGGCCGCCACCACCACAUGCUUGCUCCGUGCGGAGUGCGGAACAAUACGAAGCCCGCCAGGCAGCCUAAACAGGUAGACCUUGCGACUAGCGUGCCAUUUCC